UGUUGUAGCCUUCCCAGAAAAUAUACCCAGCAACGAUAAUGUAAAUAUGUGAAAACAAUAUAGUGUAUGUUGCGGUUUAGGCUGUACUGUCGCUGAUCGAACUGCAAUAAGCUCACCAUCAUUAUUUGUCUUCAUUCGGAGGAUGCACUGUGAGAUUUAGAUACUUUCUUAAAAUGCACAUGAUAAAACCACUGUUGUUUGAAGUCUUUUGUGUAUAAUUUCUCACAGGUCAAGACUAAGUGAUUUCUUCAAACUGUAGAAUUGGAACUGAACAAGUAUCUCAUCUCAGCUGCCCCUUGACAGGGUUGCUGUUCUAAACAGGAUAUCAAGAGAGAGGCCAGUCCAUUCGUAAAAGUUAUCCAGCCAGCUUUUCUUAGGACAACCCUUCCUUCCUGCUCCAAAAACUGUACCUAGUAAAAUGACUUGAUGGUGACAUUUUACAAUAUGAACGAACCAGCUCAGCUUUUGUAUCUUGGCAGUGUUAAGUAAUUCUUCCUUUUUACCAUCCUUGGUAUUGAAUUGUAAAAGUACAAACCCAUAUGUCUUGUUUUCCUGGUAACUGAUACCCAGCAUUUUUCUAUAGCAUUUACUCUCAAAAGCUUGGAUUCCUCUUUCAGCCUCAUCGUUCAGUGUCCACCUUUCACAACCAUAUAAGAGUACAGAGACCUCUAGCGAAGAAUUAAGGUAUGGGGCUGGCAAAAAGAAUAAGAGACACCGUUUCCUUUUCCUCACCUAACGAAUACAUGAUGAUUCAAACUCUGGCCCUGAUCUGUGAAACUAGCAAAACAGCAACCUGAGAGACAUAGCCUUCCAAUAAUGGGCAAUAUAAGAGUUAAGACCUGAUUGGCCUUCAUCAUGUGGUAACCAGGUCAGGGUGCAAACAUUUAUCCUAGACUGUUUUUGAAAAUUGUUUCAGCACUCUGACCAAAUGUCAUCUUACACAUUAUGGAUGGAUACCUAGCAUGUUGAAAGUUACAGAUGAAGGAUGGUUCCAGUGUUCAUUUGCGUGUCAGGGACUUUGAGGUGAUAUUACCUGUCACACCAAUGAAACUCGGUUUCUAUGGCAUCGUCAACGCUCUUCUAUAUAAAAUGUUAACAACAAUGAUUGACAUAAAUAGCAACAUCAAGAAUAUAUUUAGUUUUUAAGAAUGUUUUCUAAAUCGUAGGAAAGCUGGCAUCGGGUAUUUUCAGUAAAGUUACUUUACAUUAGGCUUCGAGUCCGAAGUUUAAUGAUGAGGCCAUUUUUUUCUCGUGACCUACAUAUUUGGCCACAACUAGCGCUAAUUAGCGAUAAUUGUGGAGGCUAAUAGUUGAUCUCAAUACAUACAGUAAAUAGAAUGAAUACUGAAGUAAAUGUAGUCAAUGAAUUUUACACGCUCAUGUAACAGUUAUUUAUAGAAUCUAUCUCUGAACAAUGGCUCGAUCAUUGGUCGAAACUGAGCUGCACAGAGCGUCGAGAAACGGAAAAACUAAAAAAGUUAAGAUGAUAAUAAAAAAUGGCGCCUUUAUAGAUGCAGUGGACGAGCAAGGUAUGACAUCGUUAAUGCUGGCCUCGAAAUUCCUGAACCAUGAGAUUGUAAAAUUUCUUAUACAAAAUGGAGCCAACGUUAACGCAACAAACAAUGGUAUGACGUCACUAAUGUAUACCGCCCAAACUGGCAAGAAUAAAACACUGUUGUUACUUAUGGAAAAUCAAGCGGAAGUUAAUGUCAAGGACACACAAGGUAAAACAGCAUUGAUGCACGCAGCUGAAACGCGACACAUCCUUAGAGUGAAACAGCUCGUUCAGCACGGUGCGCAAGUUGACAGCGUGGAUUUGGCGGGAAAGUCUGCACUUAUGUAUGCGUCCCAGUCAGGAAUACGUCAGGCUGUGAAAUAUCUUGUACAGCAGCAUGCAGACGUCAAUGCGAAAGACGAAAAUGGAAAGACUGCAUUAAUGCAAGCCUGUGCAAGUGGAUAUGGAAGCAGAAUUAAACUACUCAUUAAUGGGGGCGCCAGAAUUAACGAGAAGGACAUUAACGGCAGAAACGCGUUGAUGCAUGCUUGUAUUAAAGGUCAUUAUGCCUCUUUUAAAAUUCUGAUAGAUUUAAGAGCUUCAGUCCACGAAUCAGAUAAUGAUGAAAACACAGCUUUAAUACAUGCUUCAGAACACGGCCAUCACAGAAUCGUUGAGAAUAUUUUAAAAAGCAAAUCAAAAGUAGACGUGAACAAACAAAACCUUGAAGGCAGGACCGCAUUAAUGUUGGCGUCGAAAUAUGGGCACAUCAAAGUUGUCAACAUACUUCUCAAAUAUAACGCCGACAUUCAUUUAGAGGACAACAAAGGCUGCACUGCUUUAAUGUUUGCAGCCGAAAAUGGCAAAAAGGAAAAUGUCCUAAAACUUCUGCAGAAGAACGCUGAUGUCAACAAACAAAAUGUCAACAGCAAAGACGCUCUAAUGUACGCUUCUGAAAAGGGAAAUCAUUGUGUUGUUGAAGUUCUUAUCAAAUACAAAGCUCUUGUAGACAGAAAAGAUGUUUAUGGUCUAUCUCCUCUGCAUUAUGCAUCUAAGGAGGGCCACCAUAAAGUUGUGAAACUACUCUUAAAACAUACGGCUCUCAAAGAUUUAAAUUCUGACUCUGGUGAAACAGCGCUAAUGUAUGCAUGCCGAAAGGGUCAUGUUAACACUGUGAAGUUAUUAACAGCCAAGGGUGCUGAUAUCAACUCGGUGGAUGGAAAAGGCCGCACGGCUCUGAUGUAUGCUGUCAUCAAUGACCACAGGUGCAUCGUGGAGAAACUUAUUAAUGAUGGUGCUGAUGUCAAUAAAGUCUCACUGGAAAAGAAAACAGCACGCAGCUACGCCAUUGAGAACAAACACAUUGCAAUAGAGACGUUGCUAGCAAGAGUCAAUGCAACAGUCUUUUUUACUAGGGACGAAACAGAUACUUGCACAUUGUCAACAUUUACUGCUAGUAAAAGUAAACAAACAGAGUCCUACAAUGAAAUUAAGUGUCACAAUCCUCUUGAAUUUAGUCAAAGAUAUUCUCCAGUUAAUGUAUUUUUCCAAAAGGCUGCCGUUGUUCAAUUUCAGUAAUUCAAAAAGUAUCUAAAAGAUAACAAAGGUUAUAGGAUCGAUCUGAAAGUAGGAGGCUACUAGAUGUGGUGACAUUUUGCUCUCAUUAUCUUGCUUCAAUAGAACAUUAAUGUAUUCAUAUAAGUGUUUGGCUGUAUUACCUAAUUGUAGAUAAGGGUUUAAAAUAGGGGUGCACCGGAUUGUCGUUUUCUCUGUACUUAAUAGUUGUGCUUUAGCGUAUAGGAAGUAGUUUAUAGUAGGUGCGUUUUGUUGUCUAGAUUAUUGUGUGUGUGGGUGUGUGUUUACGGCAUCCUUAGUUCCCGCAAGAGAGAGAGAGAGAGAGAGAGAGUGAGAGAAUGAGAGAGCUUCUUUUGUGAGCUGGGUGGCUGGUUUUGUUGGUCCCCCCUUGUAAGGGUACGUAAGUACAUAGUUGUAUUAAGUAGGCUGGUCUUUCGGGACGGGUGUCGCUAUUGAAAAAUUCUUUAUUGUAGCGGCUUCGCUAGAUCUAGGUUUUCUUGUCGUUUCAGGGUUUUAGGCUUUGGGCUAUGGCAAAGUGUGUCGUCUUUCCGCCCUUGGAGUUGUGUAGUAACUAUCGGUGUUGAGGUGUAGGGAGUUGAGGUUCUGUAGGGCGCCGAGAUGGAGUGUGAGCGUGAAAGGUGUGUUUUUGAAACUCAUUGGUGUGAUAUUGGACUAAUUAUUAAUAAAUGCUAACAUCAGUGAUAUUGAUGUAAAUGUAAAUAUAUUGUUAACUUACACUUAAGUAUUAUUAAAUAUUGUUCCUGUUGACAACUGUUGUUAUUCACUAAAUGUUCAGUUGAAUAACUUUUAAUCGAUGUUCGUAUUUUACAUGCUAUUAUCUUUAGGUUCUUGUGUUACUCUGUUCAGGUUGGGGAGACGGGACCAUCAUAUCAUACCCUAGCUAAGCGAUUAAACCCACCUGACACGGAUGGUCGCUCCGUCUUCGGCUCCGCAUGAGGCGCCCUGACCGCACUUCCCCGUGGUGGAGGCUGUCCAGGCCUGAGCAAGCUAUUAUAUCACAGCCGAAUAGUAAACCGGAUAGUAAAAGCUACACCGUAGUACCUAUAUUUCUAAUAAUAUUUUUAGGCGCCUCCGCGCUAAGUCUUUUUCAGAUAAGCUAGUUAAAAAACUUCUUGGCUUUUUUAUCUCAUUCUUCCUCUAUCUUUCCCUAUAUCCCUUUCUUUUUUUGUUCUACCUCCUGACUUUCUCUACAACACUUUAUUUCUUGGGAGAAUAUCCCUGGGUGCUAGAAGAUAGCUAUUUAUUUACCUAUUUUUUUUCCAUCUAAGUUAUCCUUAACAUGAAAGCACUUUGCUUACUUAUUUUGUUAACAAACAACAUCUACUGUCAAUGAAGGUACUCCGUCUGUUUCCCAUAGUGUUUGCUUUUUUUUUUUAGAUUGCCAUCGGUUCGUUUAUCGUGUCUUUGUGCAAAUGUACAAGAUUUAUUGUUUAGAAAAUUCUAAAAUGACUUCAAUGACAGAUUGAGAAAUGUUUUUUGUAGAUCAAAAGAGUAUCGAGAAUGCUAAUAUCAUACUUUGCCUAUCUUAUCUUAUAGAUUACAGACAUUACUUCAAAAAAAAAUAAGAUAAUUACGCCCUACGCAAUUCAUUUGCUAAGGCGUUAUUUUUUUCUGGCUGACUCAUUCCAUUCUCUAACGGCACUAGGGAAGAAGCAGCACUGGUAUGAAUUUGUUCGAGCGUAUGGAAUAAGGAAUGUGCCUUUGUCUUUUCGUCUUUCUGAGUAUUUCAUUAGGUUUUGUUUUUCUAUUUGUAAUUUAUGGUUUAGUGUUUUAUGUAUUAUAGCUAUUUUACUUUUUAUUGUUCUGUCCUGAAGUGUCUCUGAGCUAAGAGAUUUUGCUAAUGUUGCUACUCAAAUAAAAUUGGAAUAUUCGUUUGUUAUAAAUCUCACUACUCUAUUGUGUAUUUAUUCUAGUUUCUUUAUGUUUUUGUUAAGUAGAGGGGUCCCAAACAGAGGAUGCAUAUACUAAUAUUGGCCUUACUAAGGUAAAAUAGCGUUUUAGUUUAAUGCUCCUGUUUGAUUUAUAAAAAAAAAUUUUAAUAAACCAUAAUGUUUGCUUGAUUUUUUAUUAUUUCAUCAAUAUGGGAUUCCAUGAUACCGUUUCUAGAUAUUCUAGUUUGUGUAACUGAUGAAAAAAAAAUUUUUUUUUGUUACACUCAAUAACUGGCAUGUUUUUGGGUGGAAAGACAUGCUCCAAUUUGAUUCCCAUUUCUGUAAUUCAUCUAAUUCAUCUAAUUGUUUUUAUUGUUCUAUAUAUUAUGCAAUAAUCUGCAAAUAAUCUUUCUUUUGUUCCUGAACUAAUGAAAUUGGAUAAAUCAUUUAUGUAAAUUAAAAAUAGUAGUGGACCUAAGACUGUUUUUUUUAGGUACAUCAGAGUUUACUAUUUUUGGUGUUGAUUUGGAGCCAUUGGUAUAAUGAACCAUUAAUGCCGAAGUAUUUUAGUUUUCUAAGCAGGCUAUGGUGAUGAAUUUUCUCGAAUGUCUUGGAAAAGUCUAAAAAAUUGCAUCUAUUUGCUUACUAUUAUCUAAUCCCUACGAAAAAUCAUCAAUUAAUCCUAUCAGUUAAGUUUCAAAUGACCUAUAUUUCCUAAAGCCAUGUUGGUAUGGAGGGCAUUAUAUUUAUCAAAGCGAUUUAUAAUGUUGAUACAUAUUAUGUGUUCUAGUAUUUUACAUGUGAUGCUGGUGAGUGAUACUGGUUUGUGGUUCCUCGGAAAAGAUAUUUCUCCUUUUAUGAUAGGGGAGUGACAGUAACUUCUGUCCAGUCCCUCGGUACCCUGCCCUGAUUCAGUGAUGCCUGAAAAAGUAUUUUCAACACGGAUGCUAGCUUGUGGCUAAGUUCUUAGAGCAGUCUUGCCAGAAUACCAUCAGGUCCAGAAGCUUUAGACGCAUGCCAUCGGAAGCAUUUUAUAGGUAAUGAUGGGCUUAAGACCAUUACCACUUCCGGCGUUAACAACCUUGCGGAACCUCUGACAACCAGUUCAACUCCUGGCCUUCACUUGUGGUUCAGUUACUGAGCCUGGCGGAACCGUUACCUCAGACAGGAGAAGGUGCAAAGGCGAGUAACUGGCGCCUAAACCAGUAAGCUUCGGGCAGGAGGGGUUCGUUAGCCAUGGUUGGCUACCCACCUAAGAGAAGGAAAACUCUGAAUUCAAACCUCUGAUGCCUUGCAGCUUUACCCAAACACGGGAUAGGCUUCGGGAGUCAACCCUGAGGAAAAAUCAGGAGCUGGUGACCCUUAGGCAGAUUGUGGCACACCGUGCUACAGCCUUGCAGAGCCUGCGGCGCUAAUGAUCUCAAACUGUAUUGGAUCCAUUGGUCACAUCAGUUGCUCGGGAAGGGAGGAUCUGCUGUUUGGGCGACAUCGUUCUGACCAUAAACAAUGCCCAGGAUUUCAUCUCGCUUAAGUGUGCGAGAUGAACCAUAGUCGUUCUACGACUGAAGGAGGCCAAUAUAAGAAGCUUUAUUUGGUUUUAUGCUCGCUAAUAGUUUUAUUGUAUCCCUUCUUCUUUUGCAUUUAUGUGUUCUUAUUGGUUUCAAUUUAUUACUAUGUCUGUCUCCUGGGGGCUGAGAAUGCUGAUGUAAAUUGUUUAUUAAUAAUGUUAGCUUUGAUUUCAUUUAUAAGUCGUUGGUUUUACUGGCUGGCUUAGGCAACCCAUUCCAUGCUCUAAUAGCACUAGGGAAGAAGGAGUAUUUGUACUAAUUUGUCCUAGCAUAUGGGACGAGGAAUGUGCCUUUAUCUCCUAAGGUUUGUUUUGAAAAUCACUGUACUAAUGUUAUGUUUGUAUAGGUUAGGAGCAAAUUAGUCAUAUUUAUUUUUGUGGAUUUUCUCACACAUUCCUUACUACUUAUUAUCCGUCAAUAUCGUCUGCAUUCCUAUUAUCUUACCUAAGGGUUCAGAUAAAAUAAGUAGAUAAUAUAUAGAAUAGAAUAGAAUAGAAUAUACGUGAAUAUAAAUGUGUAAGGACUGUAGCCGUGUGUCUUCAAAAAAUGUAUAACUUUAAAAUGAUGUCUAGUUCGAUAGUUACUACAUGCUGUUGGCUAAAUAUAAAUUUAGAACUUUGUUAUCUCCCUUUCGUAAUGAUCCCAUUGCACAAUCAACAAAGAAAUCUAAAUAACUAAAUAAACUACACCUACACCACUAUAACUUGACACACUAUAUUAAUUAAUUUUUUUUAAAAUUUUUUUUUACUUAUAUAAAUAGCUCUCUCAGAUGCAUGUUGUUGUUUUAUUUAUAUCUAGAUGCCAGGGUCAUUAGUUGUAGUUGUUAAAGGGUUAUAUCUUCAUAUACAAAUUGCUUUUUUUUUUCUUUUUAUUUUUAGAGUAAAAUAAUUUCAUACAUUACAUAAUAAUAAGAGUACUUAUUUUUACAUUUAUUAUAUGUUAUGGCUUUGAUUGUUCAUGAUGAUACAUAAUUAAAUGUGUUAGUAAAGUACUUUAAAUGUUUUGCUUAUUGGUCAUGUACCGACUUCACGAUUUUGAGUUCUAUCUGUUUGUUUUUCUAUUCGCUGGUUUUCUUUUAAAAAAAUCCUAGUCUUCCCCUUUUUUUAAGGAAAGUCUGUACGUGAUAAGACUUCAUCAAUUUGACUUCGAUAUUUUAAUUUCAUUUCUGUACUGAGGAUUUCAUUUAUUUGAUUAUAAAACGUGCAACAUUUUCCUGAAGACAUAAACAUGAAGAAAUCUACAAAGCAGGGGUUCUCAAACUUUGUUUCCUUUGACGCACCCAUACAGACGUUAAAAAAAAAAUGCGUUUGCUCUUUCACCCACUUGGACUUCUAAAAGAAAAGUGUGAGAGCUAUACAUUUUUUGCUCGACAGAGAAGGUCUAUAAAAGUAAUGAAAAAGAAAAUAAACUUUCAGAUAUAUAAUUUUAAAUAUGCUUUCCAUUGUUGUGUCUAAAGUCGAAACAAAAUCUAUUUGCGGGACUAUUAAAAAAAUAACUUUUGAGUCUUUUGCAGACGGUUCUUAGAUCAGGAAACGACGUCUCUAAAUAAAGGUGUGAUAUAUUUUGGAAACAUCGGUAAUAACGUUUCUUAAGUUUGUUAAAAUUAAAAAAAUGUAUUUAUAACUAAAUAUUUUUUCCCUUGAAAGAUAUAUUAACUCCUUCGCGCUCCCAAUGUUCGCAUGUCAAUCGGCGCGUACCAGUUUGAGAAACCCUGUCAUAUAAUAUCUUUACUCAUGGAAAUCAAAAACCAUUUUGGUCUAUUUUGGAAAUUUUAAAAAAUUUAUACUUUUUUGAAUAAAAAAUAAUUAAAUAUUUUGUUUAUGGAGUUU